CAGGAGAGGAAGAGAGAGAGAGAGACCAUCCCACCCCGCGGGAAAGCGCUCGCCGCACGCAGACGCAGGCAGCCCAGGAAGCAGCUAGCUAGGGCUAGCUAGCAGCUUCGAGGAGUCCGCACGCGCCGCCGCAGCCGCAGCCGCGCCCCAUGGCCAAGGGCAAGUUCAAGGGCAAGCCCACCGGGCAGCGCACCUUCUCCUCCAAGGAGGAGCUCGAGGCUGGUACUUCAGCAGAUCGUCCAAAGACCUUUUCUAAGAAGAAGCAAGAGGUAUCUAACAGAAGGGAAGAGUCAAUUGAGGAGGAAAGUGAUGAAGAGGUUGAGAAGACCAAACACAAAGGAACUGCAGGUCUCAUCGAGAUUGACAAUCCAAACCUGGCGAAACCAAAGAGUAUUAAAGCCAAGGAUGUUGAUGUUGAUAGGACAACUGAUCUCUCCAGGCGUGAAAGGGAGGAGCUUGAGAAGCAGAGAGCUCGAGCUCACUAUAUGAGACUUCAGGAGGAAGGAAAGACAGAACAGGCUAGGAAAGACCUAGAUCGCCUUACCUUGAUCCGGCGGCAGAGGGAGGAAGCUGCAAAGAAGCGCGAAGAGGAAAAAGCUGGCAAGCAUACUAGAAGAUAAUCUCUGUUUCUGUGCGGGGCUUUGCACGCCUGAAAAGCACGCAAUGUGACACAAUUGGAGGUAGCCCAUGCACCGGAUCGUGUCUCUGCAGAAGCGCCUCGAUGACCUCUGGAUAGGUACCUAAAGAAUCGAUCCCUGAUGCUCCUGAUCAUCACCAUUCUCAUUGAUCACCGACGCGGCUACUAUCUUGUCAACAGUUUGCAUCGCGACCAAUGUUGUAUGGCUACUCGGUUUCGGGAACACAUACUGUUUUGGUUCUGGCAUCGUGCUCGUGGAGUUCCGCCAUAUUCUAUUGUAAUUGGCUUGUUGCAUGAAACAAGAUGGCAUUUAUCUGGAAGCAAAGUUUCAUUUAUUUGGAGAUAAAAUUCCUUUUUUUUGUUAGAACCACAUGUAAUCGCUAGAGUUAAUUUGUGUUAUGGAAACAAACAACUACAUAGUUGGAGGCAAUUCGCUAGUUGAUUGAA